AUGGCAUCGACUAUACAAAACAGCCUGAAAGUGGCACUUAGGAAGAGCAUGAAGGAUGCGCUCAAGCGCCUGGAUGCAGAGUCCAUUAAGCGGCAAUCGCAUGCAGUCACCGCAAAGGUGCUGCAGUGCGAGGCCUUUCGGCAGGCGCAGCGUGUGAGCAUCUAUUUGAGCACCAGCGGCGAGGUGGACACCACCGAGCUGCUCUGCGAGAUGUUUCGCCUGGAGAAGAUGGUGUUUGUGCCGAGCUACGAGGGCGCAAGCAUGAAAAUGGUGCGCCUACGUGGCAUGGAGGAGUACGAGAAUCUGCCCCUGACCAAAUGGAACAUCAAGCAGCCAGACUUCAAGGAUAAUCGCGAAGAUGCCAUGACCAAUGGUCACGGCAUUGAUCUGUUUAUUGUGCCCGGCGUGGCAUUCAGCCGCAAUGGUGCUCGCAUGGGCCAUGGCAUGGGCUACUAUGAUAAGUUUCUGCGCCAUCACUCGGACAAAUAUCCUCACAAGAAGAUAUCCUUUAUGGGACUGGCGCUGAACGAACAGAUUGUCGGCCAGGAGGAGCUGCCCAUGGACAGCCAUGAUGUGCGCUUGCAUAAUGUUAUAACCGAAAAUUGAACUUAGAUACGAGCUUUUCAGCUUAUUUUAUAAUCAAGAUAAACUGACAUUUUAAAGGGAUAUUCCCCCAUCUUCCAGGA